ACUGAGCAUUCUGGUUUAAAAACUUCAAAGAUUGAAAAUGACUUUGGCUCAAAGAAGGAUAAUAUUAUUUCCAACGUAGAAAAAGUAAAAAAUCAUGAGACUAGGGAUGGUCUGUUACAUUUUUCUAGGGUGUCUCAUAUUAAAAAUGAUGAAGUCAAGUCAGCAGGCAACUCGUCUGUGCCCACAAAAAUUAUUACCACUAACAGCCAUACCGAGGCAGAUUUGAUUCCUGAUCUGAAAAGAGAAGAAUCUUUUACUGAAGUUAAAAAGAAGAAGAAGCGAGUUGGGGGCAACAAUUUAGCAAGCGCCGUUUCAUCACACACAAGAAAUUUUAAUUCUAAUGUGACAUUUUAUCGCAACCAUCCUCGACAGAAACCUGGUGGCUCUCCAGUUAAUGGAAACUUGGCUUCAAACAUGUAUUCACUUGUUGUGAAUGAUCAACCUCACAUGCCACGGGACCUAAGUCCAUCAUCGUUUCCUAGUUUAUCUGGAACAGGUCAAAGGCGCAAUUCUUGUGGUGAGUUUGACACGGAUGCAAUGGAUAAUAGAAACUUGUAUGACAGUGACAGGGAGUCUGUCAAAUCACUGCCAGUGACACACGGGGGAAGACCCAGCAGUGACACCUACCCAGUCUCCUAUGCCACCAUGGUUGCAGCACCUCCAAGAUACGACAGCAACAACAGUCCCAGUUCAGAAUCUGGUGUGGCUAGUGGUUCUCAGAACAGCAGUGUUGACAGCAAUAUAAUGCAGACCCCAACUGGCAGCAUAGAUAUAGCUCCUCAGCCCUGUCCUAAUCCCAAUACCACUCCAGAACGAAAGCCCACUGUCUGGAAAGGUAGCCCUCGCGAGCGGCGACAUUCAAUAGGCUCCAGUCCAGAGGACAAAGCUGAGAUAGAGUGCAUCUCCCAGCGCAAUCGUCAGAAGAGUGGUAGUCAGGAAAUUUUUACCAGAGAGGUACAUUUAGAAAAUACUAACAGUGAACCACCUGAAAGAGCUGAAAUUUGUGAAGGGGAUAUUCCUACGAGUUCUCAGUUGCAAGAUGAAGAUGUCCACAAAACUGCCAAGAUUAACUCUUUCCAUUCAGAGAAGAUCAAUCCCUUUGUUAUAAGUCCUUUGCCUUCAGUUCUGUGCCCAGUUUCAUCACCAUCUGCAAGUCCUGGUGAAUUAGGUUCAACCCAUGCUUCUCAGCCACCAAAACAACUUCAGUCUUCCUGUGAUAAGAUGAGCCUGGAGCACAAUAGCCUCAAUACAGGCCACAGCGGAAUAGAACUGCCCGUCCUGCAUUCUAACAUCCCCUAUGUAACCAUGAGCAGUAUGACCAAGGUAACUGGUGGGGCUGGCAGGAACAAGCCUGUCUCACUUGUUCUGGACACCACCAAGAAAUGCAACAGUGGCAACAACACUAAAUCGGUUGUGUUCUUAGAUAAACGAUUUAGUAAUUCUCCUCAGGAUAUUGGGAUUACUUUUGGCUUUGACUUAGAGUCGAUGCCUGAUUCAACUAGUCCAGUUAUAAGUCAUUCACAGCCAACUUCAGUCAUCACCGCCGUCACGUCGGCUGUUUCUUCUUCACAGCAAUUCUCUCACAUUCCACCUCUGAGUGGUGCUGCAAACAAGUCAGACUUGUGUGUUUCUUCCAUUAGUGAUAAAUCUCUAGUUCUUAAAGGUCCACACAUAGAGGGGCACUGUAAUGGUCUUAUUCUUCCUUGUACUGCUGGCGAACAAAGCCUAGUGGCAAACAGUUGUGAUAACAGAACUAAUGCUCAUGUGGUAAAAAUGGAGCCUCCAAGUAGUGAUGAGGGUAGUCAACAAGUGCUUCCCUCUGUCACCAAUAUUAGCACCAGCAAGGUUGGCUCUGGCAUGUCCACACCAAACCAGAGCUCUGGCUCCACUUCAGUUGGAUUGAUUUUCUCACCCAAUCAUCCCCCACCACCCAUUUCCCAAGGAGAUGUUUCCACCACUAGCAGAAGUUAUAAUACUGCCAGUGCCACUACCUCUUUAUCUUUGCAAGCCAGUGCAAGUAAACCAAGUAAAGUUAGUUUAAUGGCUACUGCAGCCGAUCAUUCAUUAGUUGAAGUAAGCAGACCAGUUAAUUCUGUAAAAAUGUUGGCAUCAAGUGAAGCUAAAUUUGCUAACCUAGGACCAGAUGUUCUAAAGACUUUAAUUCCUGUAGUGUAUGGAUUGAAGAUUGAACCAAGAGGAGGUUGUGGAAAACUUCUCUUUGUACCGCCGAAUGCUGUCAAAGCUGGAGUAAACUACGCAGAAAUUGGCAGCUUCCUUAAGAAAAGUAAGUUAUUUUAGAUUUGUUGCAGUUGAUUUUAAGCAAAACUAUUUACUCUCUUUUGAUUUAAUAGUAGUGAUUUAUAAAUAGUGUGGCAAAUUUUACUUUUCACUGGCCACUACUGCAUCUGUGGCUAUUUUGGAAAAAGGUUGACCACCUUGGUCUAGGAAUGUUUAUUCAAUAAUGAUACAUUUUACUAUCUUCAAGCGUCAAAUACAUUAGCCCCCAACACAAUGUUAUUGUGUAAUGAGCAAAGCUAUCACCGGACAGACGUUCAUUUUUAUGCGCCUAUGAAAAAAACUUAGAUUAAAUGUUCACGAACGACCUAGAUGCAGCGCAAAAUCACGAUUUUUUAAAUUUAUGUAGCUCAUAUAGGGAAAACUCAUACAUGGAUCAUCUGAUCCAGGCCCAAGAUCUCAGGAACGCUUUCAAAAAACAUUUCACAAAUCCUUCCUUAUUACAUACAUCUCACCACUUAUGACACACUGCAUCCAAUUACUAGAAUAUGGAUCUAAUCUUUUUUCAAAAUCUAUUAGAGUUGUGUGUUUGUACAUUUGUUGAAAGUCAUCGAUAAAAUUUUGUUGCUUAGUUUAUAUUUAUGAUAAAAUUCUAGCUGAUACUAUUUCUAGAUACAUGCAAUAUAAAAUCAGUGAUUUAAAUGAGUGAUUUAAGCAAUUUAAAUCAAUUUCAACAUAAAUUUGUUUGUUUUAGAAUGGUCAGAAAUCAGUGAUACACAGAAAAAGGGUAAGUCUUACUAGAAACAUGUUAAUUAUUUGUCACCUCCAUAAGCAUUAGAUUUAAAUUUAAUUCUCUAUAAUUUUCCUAACUGCCCUAGCUUUUGGGAUUUUACUGUGACAUUUAAAAGUGACCAUGAGAGAAAACUGUUUACACUACCUUUUGCAUUGUAAUGUGAUUUCUUCUUGCUUUCUUAAUACUUGUAUGAUCAUAAUGAUGAGAAUUUCAACACUGAUUAUAGUGAUAAGAAUGCCAAACAAUAAAAACUGAUGAUCACAUGGCUUAGUCAUAGAAACUUGGUCAUACGAAUAUUUGAACUUAAUUGUAGCUUUUUAGUUUCAACUAAUUAAUUUUUAAAAUGUGCAGGUAAAAUAUUGUGGAGAUCUAGAAAAUGUUCAGUAAAUUUUAUAUUAUUGAGCCAGCAACUCUUCUCUCGCUGUCAUUCAGCAAAACACAAAGACACUAAGUAUGCAACAGAAUCUAAAACGUUGACUUAUGUGUAAUUUAGCACAAAUUUAAUUUUACAAUGUAGAUUGAAAGUUAAUUUCUGCUAAUUAUAUAUUAUUAUUAUUCACAUGUAUUUAUAGAGUUUUGUCACAAAUAAAAUUUAACCUUUCUAGUUCUUCAAAUCACCUACAUUAUUUGUGUCUUUCCAUACUAAAGUUUUCAGCUCACAUUGUCAAUGGCAGAAAUAAAAGCAGUUUGAGCCAUUAAAAAACAAAUUUGUUAAAGACUAUCAAAUUCUUCACCUUCUUUUUUUUUGGUCUCUUUUGGUUCACAGGUUCAAAUGCAUAUAAGACAUAUUGUGAAGAUGAGCAAAGUACAGUAAAGCACUGAACUUAUGGGGGCAAUGUUUUGAUGUUGCUACAGUGUGCUACCAUAAGUCAAGGCCUCUGAAGUUUCACUACAGCAUAAAGCAAAAUUUAUAUUUCUAAAUAUGAUUAUUUAGUUAAGAGGAAACUAAGUGGCUCAAACUGUGGUGAAAAAAUAUAUAUUGAAAGCUAUUUAUUUAAAGUGAAAUGCAGUUUUUGUCCUGAUAAAUGGAUGCCGUCUUAGGGAAUGAAGUGUUACCUUCUACAAAUUUCCCUUUUGGGGACAAAUGCAAUUAAUUAUUUUUCUUUUGUUUCAAUUCGCCAGUGAGAUGACAACAUAAUUAUAUUCCCCAUUAGGAUUCAAUUUUUCACACCGUAAUUCACCUCAACAACAUUGAGUUGCUAUAAAAUAUGUUGUUUUACAAGAGUGACA